AUGUCCAGUUUGCGUGAACAACGAUAUGCGAUUAAGUUUUGUGUUAGACUCAACAAAACUGCGACUAACACUUAUGAAGACAUAAAGCAAGCUUUUGGGGAUGACGCAAUGUCUCGUGCUUCCUGUUUUCGCUGGUUCAAAGAUUUUAAGGAGGGAAGAGAGGACCCAGAGUUGCAGGGAGGAGAUGGUGCCCCAGUUACUGCUCUCACUGAGGAAAUCAUCAAUACAGCAGCGGCAAUGAUCAAAACCGACCGACGUCUGACCGUCAGACAGAUUGCUGAACUCCUUGACAUAUCGGUAGGUAGUGCUCACACAAUUUUAAAAGACAAUCUUAACAUGUCUAGAGUGUGUGCUCGUUGGAUUCCUCGUUUACUCACACCUGAACAAAAACAAAACCGUGUCGAUGUUUGCCUUGAGUGGAAGCGGUUCGUUGAAGAAGAUAGGGAUUGGUGGAAGAGUGUAAUCACUGCUGAUGAGUCCUGGGUUUAUCAGUAUGACCCUGCAAUGAAAAUCCAAAGCACUGAGUGGGUAGAAAAAAAUGAAGGUCGCCCGAAGAAAGCUAGGGCAACCAAAUCUGCAAACAAAGCAAUGGUCAUUACUUUUUUUGACUAUAAAGGAAUGGUGUACACUCAUUCAGUUCCACGUGGACAGACAAUCAAUGGAGACUAUUACAAACAAGUUUUGGCUACAUUAAUGAAUGAUCACAUUUCUCGAAAGCGUCCAGACUUCGAGGAAACUGGAAACUUCAUCACGACAAUGCGCGGCCUCACAUUGCACACGUUGUGA